UAAAUCACUUCAGUGUUCUAUGCAUGAAUAUAAUUCUGAAUCUAUAAAGUUGCAACAUUUAAAGUACUGAUAAUAUUUUUGUAGCUGAUACUAAAUAAAAAUUAAGCAACAAAUAUACGAAAAUAACUGUUUCUACAGUUAGUUAUCGUUGAACAUGUGUAUGGACUAUGGACACGUCUGUUCAUAGCAUUAAACAAUAUUGAACGAUAAAAGGACAUCGAAAGUACAAAUGUCUAUAAAUAUCUAAGUGAUAUUUAUUAUUUACAAAAUAAAACGUAAAGAAAGAGAAAUAAUACCAAAUAUAAUAUAUAUAUAUAAUAUUUGGUAAAAUUAAUACGUGAAUUUCCAAAUUAGACGUUGAGCAAUUCUUAUUUGUAAGAAUGAUGCAUUUAAAAUUAAUAAAAAAUGUUUUACAUCUUAAAAGUAGCAAAUCAUUCUUAGAGAACAGGCAAUCUUUUCUUCAAAUGUGUUCCACCUUACAAUAUAGUAUCAAUUCAAAGAAAACAGAUGAAGAUGACGAUGAUUAUGACAAGCCUUAUAAAUACUCAACAUCUAAAGCAGCAACAUAUCCUGCCAGACAUACAAUUGACGGUAGAAGUCGACCAAAUUAUGAAGGUCUAAUUAUAGGCUUAAGCCUAACUGCCUUUUUCAUAUACUUUGGUAUCUUGAGGGAAGAAAAUGAUAUUGAUGAAGCUAUGAUCAAAAAUAUUGACCCAGUAAUUGUUGAACAAAUAUAUGGAAAACAAAAGGAAAAGUAUAAAACAUGAAAUUGAAUAAUCUAAUGGAAUCUAAUUUAGUUAACAAUGUUUAUUUUAGAAUUAAGUAAGAUAUAUACACAUGUAUGUUCUUUGUUAAAUAAAGCUAUAAAUAAGAAUCUAUAA